CCUGGCCUGCUAGUUAUUUUCAAGCUGAAGCUGGAGUUCUAGGUUUAGGGUUUAAGCUCUCAUCCAUGGUGGUGGCAGCCGGCUAGGGUUUUACAGAUUAUUCUCGUCACCAUGAAUUUCAGGUUCCAUAACCUUCUCGGAGCACCGUACAGAGGGGGCAACGUCGUCGUCUCCAACAAUACCCUCCUAAUCUCAGCCGUCGGCAACCGGAUCUCCGUCACCGACCUCGUCAAGUCGGAGACCACAACCCUUCCCUGUCAAUCCUCCUCCAACGUCGCCCGCAUCGCCGUGUCUCCUGACGGCGUCUUUCUCCUCGUCAUUGAUGACAACUCCCGUUGCCUCUUCAUCAACCUCCGCCGCCGCGUCGUCCUCCAUCGCAUCUCCUUCAAAAAACCCGUAUCCGCCUUGAAGUUCAGCCCCGACGGGGCGUUCAUCGCCGUCGCCGUCGGUAAGUUGCUCCAAAUCUGGCGCUCCCCCGGCUUCAAGAAGGAAUUCUUUCCGUUCGAAUUGGUCCGGACGUUUGCCAACUGCGAUGAUAAGGUUACGGCGAUAGACUGGAGUCCGUGCUCAAAGUACGUGCUGGCUGGGUCGAAGGAUUUGACUGCCAGGUUGUUUUGUUUGGAGAAACUGAGUGGUUAUAAGAAACCUUUCUUGUUGCUUGGUCACAGAGACACGAUUGUUGGCGCUUUCUUUGGUGUCGAUAAGAAAACCAACAGAGCCUUUAGGGCUUACACAUUAUCCCGUGAUGGUGCAAUUUUUACCUGGAGUUACAAUACCGCUGAUGAUAUGUUAGGAGUGGAAAAUUCUGAACCACCCUCACCAGGCACGCCUGAGCAGAGGCCAUCAAACCAGAAUGGCGAUGGUGAUGUUGAUGGUAAUGUAAAGAAAAGGAAGAAUUUGGAUGAAGGAGAUAGUAAUUUGGAUGAAAGAAGUGAAUAUUUGUUGCAUACAGGGAAGUGGGAAUUGUUAAAAAAGGACUACUUUAUGCAGGCUCCAGCUAAAUUGACAGCCUGUGACUAUCAUCGGGGUCUUGAUCUCGUGGUUGUGGGGUUCUCAAAUGGUGUUUUUGGGCUGUAUCAGAUGCCGGACUUUGUAUGCAUUCAUUUGUUGUCUAUAUCAAGAGAGAAGAUCACCACUGCUGUGUUCAAUGAUCUUGGCAAUUGGUUGACGUUUGGCUGUGCAAAACUUGGACAGUUGCUUGUCUGGGAAUGGAAAUCGGAGAGUUACAUCUUGAAACAACAGGGGCAUUACUUUGAUGUGAAUUGCCUUGCAUAUUCUCCAGAUUCACAGCUAUUGGCUACUGGAGCGGAUGAUAACAAAAUCAAGGUGUGGACUGUUUCCUCAGGCUUCUGUUUUGUUACAUUUUCGGAGCACACUAAUGCAGUCACUGCACUCCAUUUUACGUCCAAUAGCCAUUGUCUCUUAAGUGCAUCUCUUGAUGGCACUGUACGUGCAUGGGAUCUUUUCCGCUAUCGGAACUUUAGGACCUUCACUACCCCUUCCUCUAGGCAAUUUGUUUCGUUGGCUGCAGACCAAAGUGGUGAAGUGAUUUGUGCUGGAACUCUUGAUUCAUUUGAGAUUUUUGUCUGGUCGAUGAAGACAGGAAGGCUGCUGGAUGUUCUUAGUGGUCAUGAGGGUCCUGUGCAUGGCCUAAUGUUUUCUCCUACAACUGCUAUCUUAGCUUCAUCUUCAUGGGACAAAACUGUUCGCUUGUGGGAUGUUUUUGAAGGAAAAGGUGCAGUUGAAACAUUUCCCCAUACACACGAUGUUCUUACAGUUGUUUAUCGACCAGAUGGAAAGCAGUUGGCCUGCAGCACAUUAGAUAGCCAAAUACAUUUCUGGGAUCCAAUUGAUGGCUUGUUAAUGUACACGAUUGAGGCCCGUAGAGACAUUGCUCAUGGCCGUCUUAUGACCGAUCGCAGAUCGGCAGCUAACUCCAGUUCAGGAAAGUGCUUCACAACCCUGUGUUAUUCUGCUGAUGGGAGUUAUAUAUUUGCUGGGGGAGUUAGUAAAUACAUUUGCAUGUACGAUGUUGCUGAUCAGGUACUCCUCCGUAGGUUUCAGAUAACCCACAAUCUUUCUUUGGAUGGAGUUCUUGACUUCUUGAACUCAAAGAAAAUGACUGAAGCUGGUCCAUUAGAUUUAAUUGACGAUGACAAUAGUGAUGCAGAGGAAGGCAUUGAUAAACAAACCCGGGGAAAAUUGGGUUAUAAUUUGCCAGGAUCUUUACCUAACAGUGGAAGGCCUGUUAUCCGGACAAAAUGCCUCAGAAUCGCUCCAACAGGCAGAAGUUGGGCAGCUGCCACAACAGAAGGGGUCAUAGUCUAUUCCAUAGAUGAAUCCUUUAUCUUUGAUCCUACUGAUCUAGACAUAGAUGUUACACCUGAGGCAAUUGAUGCUGCACUAUCUGAAGAUCAACCAAGCAGGGCUCUGAUUCUUAGCCUGCGGUUAAAUGAAGAUGCACUGAUCAAAAAGUGCAUUCUAGCGAUUAUUCCAGUAGAUAUUCCAGUGGUUGCAUCAUCAGUCCCUUUCCGAUAUUUGCAAAGGUUAAUUGAAGCUUGUGCAGAUCUUCUGGAAAAUUGCCCGCACUUGGAGUUUGUUCUUCGAUGGUGUCAGGAGCUAUUUAAAGUUCAUGGUCAGUCGAUCCAGCAAAACUGCAGGAAUUUGCUCCCUGCUCUAAAGUCAUUCCAGAAGGCAAUUACCGGAUUGCAUCAAGAUUUGGCCGAAACAUGUUCCUCCAAUGAAUAUUUACUUAAAUAUUUGUGCUCCACGGUGACCAAGAAAUGAUGUGUGUGUUCAAUUGGCUGAUGCUUAGUUGCAGGCGAGCACAGCUGAUUGGGUCAGCUUGAUCCACCUCUACAGUUGCCUUUGGAGUAUGACACAGUACCAAUGCCCAUGUCCUAAAACAGCCCGCCGAUGCAAAACAGAAUUUUUGGUGGCAGUUAAUACUCAAUCAUCUGGAUGCUUAUGGAUAUGGUUUUGAGUAGGAGCCAUCCUAAUUGUUGUAGUUGUUGGCUGCUCAAUGUUGCAUGUGGUCAUGUUACUGCAAAGGAUUGAUCUCCUAACCGUGCAUUCAUUCGGUUGUUCUGUGCUUUAGGAAAUCACGGAGGAUUUUUUUUUUUUUAUAUAUAUAUUUUAUUUUUAAUUAAUUCUCAACAGACAAUACUACCAGCCCUUUGCUUUCUGGGGUAUAAUAGGAAAGGAUGUAAUAUCUCAGGGGAGUCAGGAUUAUGAGUGAUAAAGAUCUAUAGCUUAUGUUGUAGAAAUUCAAAAAGGGUAGUUGUAUUGAGGAAUGAGGAUGAUGGUUAUAACUUAUAAGAGCUUAUUUUUGUUCUAUGAUUUGGAAGGUUGAGCAGUUAAGGCAAAAUGUUAUUUUAAUUGAAACGAGGACUGUAAAUGUAAAUUUGUGAUU